AUGAGUGCCACCAUUUUCCAUCAGGGAAGUGCAUCCCUAAGAUCGGUGGGCGGGCAACUCUCCCGCAUUCGCCCGACCACAUCAAUCAGGCCGUCCCUAUCCAAAUGGCAUCGAUCCAACAGCACGAGCAGCAAUGUCCCACCUACUCAAGAACCCGUCAUUUUCUCCGGUAUUCAGCCGACGGGAGUACCACAUCUGGGUAACUACCUAGGGGCUCUGCGGGAAUGGGUGAAGCUACAGGAUGAAGCAAAGCCGGGAACGAAGCUGUUGUUUUCCAUCGUGGAUCUCCAUGCAUUGACGGUUCCGCAAGAUGCGGCGCAAUUGAGGAAAUGGAGGAGAGAGGCUUUUGCUACGUUGCUGGCUGUGGGAUUGGAUCCAAGUCGGUCUACGGUUUUUUAUCAGUCUGAGGUUCCGGCACAUGCGGAGUUGAUGUGGAUUCUGAGUACAGUUGCUUCGAUGGGUUAUCUAUCACGAAUGACCCAAUGGAAGAGUAAGCUUCAUUUACCAGAGGACACAACGUUAGAGCAGGCAGAUGCCCGAGCCCAGCUACGGCUCGGUCUUUUCUCUUAUCCUGUGCUCCAAGCCGCGGAUAUCCUUGUUCAUAGGGCAACACAUGUUCCCGUUGGCGAGGACCAGAAACAACAUCUGGAAUUCUCGCGAUAUACAGCCAACAGCUUCAACCACCUCUACGGACCAAUCUUCCCCAUCCCAGAGGCCCAUAUCUCCCCCGCCAAGCGAGUAAUGUCCCUCAAAGAACCCACAUCCAAAAUGUCCAAAUCCCACGCGGACGAAAAAUCCCGAAUUAUCCUCACCGACUCCCCCGCCGCCAUCCAAAAGAAAAUCAAGGUCGCCCUAACCGACUCCCAACCUAAUAUCACAUACGACCCCGCCCAACGACCCGGUGUCUCAAACCUAAUCGAAAUGCUGAGCCACUUCGAAGGCCAGUCCUGCCAAGAAAUUGCCGCAGAAUUCGAAGGCGCUAGCCUGCGCGCUUUGAAGGAGCACGUCGCCAGCCGAAUUAUCCAUCAUCUGACGGAUAUUCGGGAGCGGUAUGUCUCUAUUAUGGAUGAUAAGACUGGGUAUUUGGAUUCUAUUGCGCAGCAGGGCGCGGAGACGGCGCAGGCUAAUGCUGCUGUGACUAUGCGGAAGGUUCGGGAUGCGAUGGGGUUGUAA